UAUUAUUGUUGUUGUUCUUGUUGUUGCUGUUGUUCCUUGCCGCCGUUAUUUCCCCAGUUGCGCCCUCGUGCCCUUUCAUUAUAGCAAGCGCAUUUCUGGCUUCAAUCUCUUUCCUUGUCGUUCCUGCUUUGCUGAUUCUUGCUCUUGUGGACGCUUCCUGUCCAAGAUAACAUUCCCAGUUGCUGCUGAAGUUGCGCGUUUUGACGAUUUGCUAUGCCUUCACGACCUUGAUUUUGCGGCGCAGUUUCAUGAUCAUAGUUCCUCCCAGACACACAUUGCGGAUAUCCAUUCAUCGAUCCACUUUUCCGCUCAGACAUCGACAGACACACACGCCACCUGCUCCACCCCCCUUCCCCAGGAAAUAUCAUUGAGAGCCUACCAUGCCUUCACACUCUCGUCAGAAUUCUCAUGACCGAGAAUUGGUGCUGAGACAUCAGCCCGUGCCCAUGUGGGACAGUUCGGAUCCCGAACGGGCACCCCCUCCGCUACCCAUGAACCCCAGUUCUACCAGCCCUGUGACCAGAUCGAAUGUCUCCCCAGGCAUUCAAGCCGCAGCGGCCAAUUUCGCAGAAAAGAUUCGCGAAAAUGCUCCCAGUCCAUACACGACGAACCCCAUGCCGCCUAAAUCUCCAGAGAAGUCCCUCAUUAAAGGCCAGUUCCACAGGCGCAUGCAGUCCUUUCAGAAUAACACAGAUGCUCGUUCCGAGUUCCUCAACUACUUGGAGAACAGGUCACCGGAGCGACCCCAGCGGGCGUCAGUCCUGGAGCCUGGCCCCAAAAUAUACGAAAAGCCACCCGUAAAUAAGACACCUACCUCGCCAGACUCGCGAGAGACUGACCGAGACAUGCCUAAUCUCCUCAUUUCCAAUCGCUACCUCUCCAGGCCGAUCCUUGGGGAGAGUACUCCACCUUCGGCAACCAUGUUGGCACUGCAAAACAUGCAAUUGCCCCUCGAGAACGAGGCGCCGCAGAAGCUUAUUGAACCCGACCCGUUCGUUGGACCCAAGCGCCCUGACCCCUACAGCUUUCAGUCCUUAACGAGCCAGAUCCACAGCCUCACCGAUAUCGCCAGUAACCUUCAGCGUGAGAUGGCUCAGUUGAGUCGGCGCAGUAGAGACAACGCUACCGACCUUGUAAGUCUCAAGGCCGCAACCAACGCCCGAGAUGAAGACAUACGAAAAAGCCUCCGUGAGCUAUCAUCAAGCUUGGCUUCGAAGUUCCUUGAUGCUGAAGCUGCCACAAGGUGGGAUUUCAGUUCUCUCUUGGGUUCUGAGAAUGGUAUUAACAACAGGGAACCGGAUAGUUCUCCGAACUCGAAGAAGAGCUACUCGGCACCGCGAAUGUCUAGUCCGAAUCCAUUUGCCGCAGCGAUGGAACGCGAACUGUGCGGGUCGCCCACACCAAUAUCCGAUGGGUCUGCAAGCAUCGCAUUGCUGGAGAAAGUCUUGCGAGAGAUGGCAACGAAAGAGAACCAGGAUAAGCUCCUGCAGCUUACAGAGGAGAUCAAAGCCCGGCCUGUCUCGGAUGCGCCCGUUAAGCCAGAUGACGGCGCCGUGACGACUAUGCUAGAGGAGAUCCUCAGUCUUAUCAAGAAUGAAGCGGAAAGCAAGGCUCUGGUCCGAUCAAGUGCCCGCGCUAUCGAUGAUCCUGAGAAGGAAAUUGCCGAGUAUAGUCUCGCUCGCUCAAGAUCUAUGGACACAGAAGACACAAAUGGCAACCCAGAGCGUGCUCUCGUUCCCAUCGAGGAUCACCGUGCAGAGGAAUUGCUCGCUAUAAUGAAGAUCGUUAAGAACAGUGUCAUUGAAGGCGGCGGCAUGACCAAUCAAGUCAAAGCUCUGGUACGAGAAUUGCGCGGGGAGGUGCUCGGGAUGGGUAGAGACUUGGCCCGCCAGAUUGAAAAUGCCCAGUCUUCUCGAGCGAUUGAAGAUAAGCCUAGUGGACUUGAGAAAGAGGAGGUUGCUGCCAUUGUCGAAAAUAGCCUGCGCGACCUUAGACAACAACUAGCCUCGAUGAUCGAAGAGAGCAAGCGCCAUUCAUCGUCACUUUCCGAUGUUCGAUCCGCAGUGAAUGACGAAACGAUAUACUCCAUUGUCAAGCAAGCCCUGGACGAGCUGGACCUCUCACACCUACGACCUGAGCCUCAGGGGCCCGCCCUAGAAAGAGACGAUAUUCUUGAAACAGUAAGAGAAGCAUGGGAAUCAUACAAGCCCGAGAUUGAACUACAGAAUUUCGGCUUGGAGCGAGACGAGAUCCUGGAGUGCCUCGCUGAGGGUCUGAAGGAUUACAAGCCUCGCCACGAAGAGGCUGUUACCUAUGAUCAGGUCCUCACGGCUGUCCAAGCCGGUAUGCAAAGUUUUGAACAACCGCCAAGCAUCACGAAAGAGGAGAUCGUGCAAACGAUUCAUGAAUGCCUUGCGAACUUUGAAGCUCCAGCUCCUCUCCCUCUGGGACCUGAGCACCUCGAUGGACUUCGCGAAGAGAUACUGCAGGCAGUUACCGAGUCCGUUACCUCCCAGAGUGCCCUGACUAGAGAGUCUCUCGACUCAGGUCUAGGUCGCGAUGAGGUCUUGAGUGCCUUAUCAGAGGGCCUGGAAGCACACUUCUCUUCGGCUAAGGCUGCAGAGCAACCCCAUAUCACCAAACAAGAUGUGAUCGAAGUGGUCAACGAAGCCUUCGCUGCUCAGCAGACUGCUCUGAGCACGGAUGUUCAACCGAGUAUCACACGCGACGAGAUUAUUAAUGCCAUUGCGGAAGGAAUGGAAAGUCAGAACGCCGUCACACGUGAGAUUGAACUGAACCGCGAUGACCUGAUGGAAGCUAUCUCGGCUGGCUUACAAGAAGCGAAUGCUGCAAACCAGAAUUCUGGUGAUCAGAUGCUCGAACAGCUUCAAGAGCACCUGGAUGGCAUGAAAGAAGAGCUAAGCCAACAUCUUUCAACCAAUGAGAGAGAUACCGAGCAAUUGCUCACUGCCAUCAAGGAUGGUAUUGCUGUUGUGCGACAGGAGGUGGAAGGGUACGCUGCAACUGCAGCGGAGUCCUCUGCAAAGCAUGAGAUUAUGGAUACAGUCAAAGAAGGGUUCCGACUGUUGCAGGCUGAUAUGGAGAGGACCAUAACGGAAACUGCUCUGUCCAACAGUUCUCGCAACCCAGAUACCCCAGAGCUGCUUGACGCUAUGGAGAAGGAGUUCGAACACCUUCGUCAGACGCUGAGCAACCUUCUCAUUCGUAGCAACGUUUCCACCGAGAAGGAUGAGAUUCUUGACGCAAUUCGCGACAUCUCUGAUCAGCAAAAGUCGUCGCACAACGAUGAGUUAACCAAGAUUAUCAAGGAGCAAAUUGAAGAGCUUCGCGACACAAUGAACAUGAGCCUUGUUCGCGCGGAACCGGCAGAGUCGGCAGAGCCCACCGAGAAGCACAGCGACAAAGAUGAUAUCAUCGCUGCGCUACGCGAAAGUCUUGAGACGUUCCGUGAGGAGGGCAGCCAAUCCAAGGAGGCGGGUGAUAAUCUGCUUGCGGCCACCAGCGAAAUUAUCGAUGCGGUCAACAAUGGUGUGGGCACAAUCAAAGAGGACCUUGCGAGACUCUUGGAGAAGCCAGUGGAAUUCGAUCAUUCUGAGCUCCUAGAAACUCUCAAAGAAGGCCUCAGCAGUCUCAAGGCGGACGUUGAAAUGCUGCGGCAAUCUCAUACCGAGAAUCAUGCAGCGGAUGAUGAGCCUGAAACAACUCGUGGAGGAGAAUUGAUGCUGGCUAGCGUUCCAAGCGAGCCGAGCAAGCCUGAUGUCAGCAACGAUUUCGAAGGACUAAAAACUCUCAUCUCACAGCUCCAGACCAAGGUCGAGGCUAUUGAAGGUGCUCCCAGGACCAGCGAGCUUCCCGAAGACAUUGUCAAGAAGGAGCAUCUCGAUGAAGUCCUCCUUGGUCUGCACGAGCUCCAAAGCGCUGUGACGGGAAUCGUUGCUCGCGAUCAGCCCGCCGACGAAACCGUGGCUAAGAAGGAAGACACGGACGCCAUAGAGACACUACUUCGAAACACCAAGUCUCAGCUAGAUGAGAUGAAGUUUCCUGCUGCCGAUGACCUUGCCAAGGCAGAGCAUCUACAAAACCUGGAGGCCAUUGUGGCAGAGACUAAGGAGGCCAUCGCGGACCUUUCUACUCGCUUUGAGUCAGAAGGCCCGACUAAGGCUGAGAUUGGGACGCUUGAAACGCUCAUGAAGGACAUGUGGAUUGCCCUUGACGAGCUGAAGGGCAAGGCAGCGCCCGAAGAGAGUGAUGCUGAGAAACUGGUCAAGGCGGACUUGCAGACUGUCGAGGCCAUGAUUUUCGAGGUCAAGACUCAGGUUGAGGAACUCAAGCUGCCCGACAUCGAGACACUGCCGACAAAGACGGAGAUUCAAGAUUUGACCGCAUUGGUCACGGAAUUCCGGGAAAAGGUUGAUGCUGAUAAUGAGAUGACUGGGCAGGCAUUCGAUGCACGGAAGGUGGAACAUGCAGGUCUCGCGGAGAAGAUCGAAGAGGCCAAGGCCCUAGUCGAGGGCCUCGGGGACGAACUUAGGAGCAAGCUGGAUGGCAGUGACCAAGGACUCGCCGAGCUCAAACAACUACUUGAGGGUCUUGCAGUGUCCGCAGAGAGCUUCACCACCGUUGAGAAUGUAAACGAACUCACUGAACUUAUCAACCGGGAGUUUGAACGGGCGCGAGGUGAGCAGGAUGCCACAAAGCUCGAGAAGGAAGAACGAGACGCUGCCGCCAUGGUCAAGCAAGAUGAGACUCGGGCCGCCAUCAUUGUCGAAUUAGGUUCGAAGAUUGAUGAGAAGCUCGGUGAAGUCAUGGCCAAGUACGACGAAGUCCAUGCUGCCAUGGACACUGCUUUGGACUCCAAGUUCUCUGAGGCUGCCGAUCGCGACAAUGCACACCUUGAGGCUGUGACGAGCACGAAGGCUCUGGCAGAGGAUAUUAAGCUUGUAAUUGGAUCCAUGGGCAACAGUGUCACUGAAGCUUGCGAGCGCAUGACUGUCGAUGCCCAAACGUUCUUUGAGAAGGUUGACGAGUCCUAUAAUAAGAUGGAGGAGAUGCACAAUCAGGUGAAGACGCAACAAGAGCAAGCGCGAUCAGAUCUCGAGAAAGCUGCUGCUGCCACAGAUCGCGUGGAAAGCCAGCUGCAUGAAUUUCAUCCCCAAGUGCUUGAAUCAAUCCAACAGAUCCUCGCGAUUGUGGGACAGCACUAUGACCAUUCUCAGAAGUCUGCGCAAGAAAUCCGAAUGGACCUCUCUACGAUACCUUCGACAAUCACCCCGCUGCUUCCGGCCCUACCGCCACCGGAGCCUGAGAAAUAUGACGACACCGCUGUCCAGGAGAAACUCAACGAUCUCCUCGAGCAUGCCAAGAAUAGCCAGGUUCAAGAGACUUUGAGCACUUUGGUUGAACGUGUUACCAAUGAUCAAGUCCAUGAAAAGCUGGAUCAGCUCUUGGGCCAAACUACAAGUACCAAUGGUCAAGUCUACGAGAAGCUCGAAGAGCUUCUUAGCCACGCUACGAACUCCAAUGCGCCGGUCCAUGAGAAGCUGGAUACUCUGAUUGACCAUGCCACCAACACCGACCAAUCAGUAAAUCAGAUGAUGAAGCUCGAUGAGAUGCACAAGGACAUCAUGGCGACAUCUCAACGAAUGAACGAGAUGUUCAUGGCACAAUCCGCUAUGAUCGCAGAGGACAAUGAGCGACGGCGCAAGGAGGCGGAAGAGGCUGCAGUCGCUCUUGAGAGACGAAAUGCACAGCGGGAGCAGGUGGAAGCCGAGAUCGAAACCCUCCGCGAGGAGAAAGAUUCUCUCUUGAAUAUCAUCCACAGCCUCCAAGCUGAGAAGGAUGAUCUUCGGAAGCAGACCGCGAGACUGAAUAAGGAGGUCGCUGGCUUGGAGAUGGCUCUUGAGCUCCGCCACGAGGAGAUGCAGCUCAUGGAAGACCGCGCGGAUAGCCUGGAGAAGCGGAUCUUGGAAGGGGUGCUGGACCAUGCUCGCAGCGUCCUUCUCAGCCGCCCCAACGGCCUGAAUAUGAAGAAGGCGCGUGGUGCACGAGGUCGAGGCCCGAGUGCUGCCAGCACGGCCAGCGCUGCCAAGGAUGUCCGCAACUUUCUCGGCAGCAGUGUUGGCAUAGCGUUGAAGAAGCGAGGCCCCGCUGGAUCGCGGGCCGGAUCGGGGGCGCCUUCCAGCAACAGCACGGAUAGACGUAUUCUCAGUCUCAGCAACGUGACGGGAAACCGAGGAGCUGGAGAUCGGCGUGUAAGUGCUAGCAGUGGGUUAACGGGGCUCAAACGUAGCCAUUCGGUCAAAUCCAACUUCUCUCAGCGCAAAGCCUCGUGGGGCGGCAAGAGCUCCAUCGCCAAUAAGGAGAACGAAGCUUUCCCGGAAGAAGAUGAAAACCAGAGCGAGGUCGAGAGCGACGCAGGGACCGAGCGAAGGACUAGCUACACCGGGACCUAUGCGGACAGCAUGGUAUACGGACCCAGCAGUGUGGUCUCCGCCGCCGAUCGACGGGUAAGCGCCGCUAGCUCAGUCGGCUCCCGGUCCGUUGCGGACGAUCACCACCACGAAGAGGAGGAGAGUGAGGGAUCGGUGGGGGAGAAUGACGACCAGACCACGAGAGCAGAUGACUCGGAGGAGUCGGACGAGGGAGAAGAAGUUGAGGAGGUUUACGAUCACCCGCUCAAGUUGGAUGAGCAGUCUUCGAAACUGGUGGUGUACGGCCAGCACAGUGACAGUGGCAUUGGGCCCGAGGUCACAAGUGUUGGGGCAUAGCGUUCCCGUGGCCUGAGACUUGUCUCCGAUCUUUCUUUUGUACCCUGUUAAAUUAUGGAGAAUCCACAUCGCAUGAUGUUGGAAUCUUGAUGAGCAUAUACUGACUGACUAGUGUUAUUAAACCCCAUUCCAGCGCUUGUUGAUAAGAACGCAGAUGAUGAAGAUGAUGAUGAUGUUGGACUGGUUUCCUUUGUAAUGUGAUUUUCUUU